AUGCGUUACUCUUCCGUGAUCAAGUAUCUUUCUUUAGUAGCUUGUGCCAAUGCACAGCUACUAGAGAUCCCAACUGUGGAUGCUAUUGUCAGUUCUGCCAUGGUCCCCUUUGAGAAGUAUAUGUCCUUUGGUGCUGCAACAAAAGUCGCAACCGCUGCAGCAGGGUUCAAAACCAACACCGCGAGCGCUAAACAUGGAGUUGCAGCAGUGGCAGCAGCAGACACUCCGUACUGGCUAGCAGAUAUCGCCCACCAAGGAAUUGCAGCCUUCAACCCGAACCCUUCUGGCUACACCGUCUUCCGCAACGUGAAAGAUUACGGUGCUAAAGGUGAUGGUGUGACGGACGAUACGGCCGCCAUCAAUGCGGCCAUCAGCGCCGGCAGUCGUUUUGGCCCGGCAAGCAGACAAUCCUCCACCACGACUCCCGCGAUAGUUUACUUCCCAUCCGGAACAUACCUGAUUUCAACCUCGAUCAUCGAUUACUAUUUCACCCAGUUGAUUGGCAACCCGAAUGCAAUGCCAGUUAUAAAGGCAACUGCAGGUUUUGUCGGACUUGGUCUGAUUGACGGUGACCAAUACCAGAACGAUGGAAACCAGGGCUGGACAUCGACGAAUGUAUUUUUCAGACAGAUCCGAAAUUUGAAAUUAGACUUGACUGGAAUCCCUGCCAGUACUGCUGCGACUGGUAUUCACUGGCCGACUGGCCAAGCUUCCAGCAUCCAGAAUGUCGUCAUUGCUAUGAGUUCUGCUUCUGGAACGCAGCACCAGGGUAUCUUUAUUGAGAAUGGCUCUGGAGGCUGGAUGACCGAUGUGACGAUUACUGGUGGUCUCUAUGGUGCCAAUGUUGGCAACCAGCAAUUCACAAUGCGGAACAUUGUUAUCUCGAAUGCAGUGACCGCAAUUUCUCAAAUCUGGGAUUGGGGCUGGACUUACCAAGGUCUCUUGAUUUCUGACUGCACAACUGCCGUUUCAAUCAGCAAUGGUGGUGCUGGGGCCCAGCUCGUCGGCUCGGUCAACAUCCUCGACAGCACCAUCAAAAACUGCCAGAAUUUUGUUGAGACCGCGUGGCAGAGCUCAGACCUAUCAACUGGCAGCCUCAUUCUCGAGAACAUAGAUCUGAACAACGUUCCAGUUGCCGUCAAAGGCGUCAGCGGUACUGUCCUGGCUGGGGGUUCCACGACCAUUAGCGCGUGGGGACAAGGCCACAAGUAUACUCCAAACGGACCGACCAACUUCCAGGGCGCUUUCACUGCGCCGACACGCCCUAGCGCUUUGCUUGCUAGUGGAUCGAACCGAUAUUUUACCAAGUCCAAGCCUCAGUAUGUGCAAUCACCGGUAGCUUCGUUUAUCAGCAUCAGAAGCGCAGGUGCCAAGGGAGAUGGUUCAACCGAUGACACGAAAGCCAUCCAAUCCGCAUUGACAUCUGCCGCGUCUGCAGGUAAAAUUGUGUUCUUCGAUCAAGGAAAUUACAAAGUCACCAACACUCUUUAUGUCCCACCCGGCUCUCGGAUUGUCGGCGAGGCAUAUUCUGUCAUAAUGGCCACUGGCAAUGUAUGGUCGAGUAUUACCAAGCCCGUCCCCGUGGUUCAAAUUGGCAAAUAUGGAGAAUCUGGGUCUGUCGAAUGGUCCGAUAUGAUUGUGAGCACCUCGGGCUCUACACCGGGCGCUGUACUCGUUGAGUGGAACUUGGCGGCGACAUCAGGUUCUGGAAUGUGGGAUGUUCACACUCGAAUUGGAGGCUUCCAAGGAUCUAAGCAGCAGGUUGCUCAGUGCCCGACAAAAGCAGCUGUCUCGGUGGAUUGUCAGGUUGGUUACAUGUCCAUGCACAUUACCAAAGCCGCCAGUGGUGUUUACUUGGAGAAUGUCUGGCUUUGGACCGCCGAUCAUGAUCUCGAAAGCCCAACCAACACCCAGAUCUCAGUGUAUACCGGUCGUGGUCUCUUGAUAGAAGGAAAGAACAUCUGGCUAUACGGAACGGGAUCCGAGCAUCACUCGCUGUAUCAAUAUCAGUUCUCAGGCGCAAGCUCGAUCAUGGGAGGAUUCAUACAGACAGAAACUCCAUACUAUCAGCCAAAUCCCAACGCAGCCAAUGGCCCAUACCCCACUAACCCGGAUCUCAAUGACCCCGACUAUAGUAGCUGUCUCGGCGGAAACUGCAACUCGCUUGGUCUUCGGAUUCUCAAUAGCAAGGAUGUGAUUAUCUACGGGGCUGGGCUCUACAGCUUUUUCAACAACUACAGCACCACCUGUUCCACAUUCCCCCUUCCGGAGGAUUGCCAAAGCAUGAUAUUCAGCGUUGAGGGUAGUACAAGUAGACUGGUGGUAUAUGGGCUCAACACUGUUGGGACAAAUUAUAUGAUUGUGAAGGAUGGUACUGCACUGGCGACGGUUGCCGACAAUCUGGCUACGUACGCUGCCACCAUUGCCUACUUCACCUUCUAG